AUGUCUCGAGCGAGUUUCUUGGAUGAGAAGAAGGCCGUGGCAGCAUCCGCUGCCGUGCAACAGAGCGAUAACAUAGCGCAUGCAUUGGCUGGCGCUGGAGGUGGUAUUCUCUCGAUGGUGUUGACGUAUCCACUCAUCACUCUCUCAACAAGAGCACAGGUUGAAUCAAAGCGUGCCCAAUCAACCACUUAUGAUGCAGUUCGUCGCAUCGUCCGGAGAGAAGGGAUUGCCGGGCUCUAUUCGGGCCUUGAGUCAGCACUCUUCGGUAUUAGUGUCACCAAUUUCGUUUACUACUAUUGGUACGAAUGGACGCGCUCGGCCUUCGAGAAGGCGGCCGCAAAGGCAGGAAGGGCGUCCAAGAAACUCACAACCAUCGAGUCCAUGAUUGCCGGGGCUAUUGCCGGGAUCGCAACAGUCAUGAUAACCAAUCCGAUCUGGGUAGUGAACACCAGAAUGACAGCCCGCAAGUCUGACUCGGAUCAAGAAUCAUUGCCUGGUGCUCCCAGCGCAAAGAAGCGAGCGUCGACAAUUGCUACUCUUAUGGACUUGCUUCGCCGUGAGGGCCCCAAAGCCCUCUUUGCUGGCGUCCUACCUGCCCUCAUCUUGGUGAUCAACCCUAUUUUGCAAUACACAAUCUUCGAACAAUUGAAAAACAUCGUCGAGCGCCGCAGACGUAUGACUCCCAAGGAUGCGUUCUACCUGGGUGCCCUUGGUAAAAUUCUCGCUACUUCAAUCACGUACCCCUACAUUACGGUCAAAAGCCGCAUGCAUGUUGCUAGUAAAGACGGACCCAAUGAGAGCUUGAACGGGAGUUUGAAGAGGAUCAUCGAGGAAGAGGGUUAUGUUGGCUUGUACAAAGGAAUUGGGCCGAAGGUGACGCAGAGUGCAAUUACUGCAGCAUUCUUGUUUGGAUUUAAGGACGUUUUAUACGAGGCUAUGGUAUCCAUCCGAAAGAGAGGUCGCGGAAGCUCGGUGUAA